AUGCUUGACACUAUUAUUGUUGGGCAUAGGAGAGGUGUUGAAAGAGGAGUUUUAGAUGCUGUUGAAGACAGAAAUUUUUUAUAUGAUGGAUAUUAUUUAAAAAGCAAAUAUAAUGAAGAAGAAUAUUUACCAGAAAAAUACCAUCUUAAAGAAUUAGAUUCUGAUUCAUAUUCUUAUAGAAAUCAAAUGCUUUAUGAAAAAGCAGAUGGUAUUUUAAUCUUAAUUACAUCAAAAUUUGAUUUUGAUUAUGAAAAGAAUUUUAAUGGACUUAAAGAAAAAGAAAAAACAACUAUUAUUCUUAAAGAUAAUCCUGAACAAAACAAGCAAAACAAGGAUCAGAUUAAUAAUUGGAUUAAAAAAAAUAACAAGGUUAAAAAAUUACUUAUAGUUGGACCACACGAAGAAGAAAUGUAUGAAAUUACACUCGA